AUGGACAACGCCAUUGUCCGCGCCACCGGCAUCCACAAGACCUACGACACAGGCAAGAUCCAGGUCAACGCCCUCCGUGGAGUGGACCUGUCCGUCGGUCGUGGCGAGAUGGUCGCCAUCAUGGGACCCAGCGGAUGCGGCAAGACCACCAUGCUCAACUGCCUUUCCGGUCUCGAUGACGUCGACUCAGGGCAGGUCAUCGUCGACGGUGUCGUCCUCCACGACCUGCCCGACGACGAGCGCAGCGACUAUCGAGCCCGGAACAUGGGGUUCGUGUUCCAGCUCUACAACCUGCUUCCUGUGCUGACGUCCGUUGAGAACGUGGAGAUGCCCCUGCUCCUGUCCGGCGUGGGCGCCACUGAGGCGCGGCGCCGCUCGAUGGGCAUGCUGGACCGCGUCGGACUGGCGGACCGUGCCAGUCACCUGCCUGCGGAGCUCUCGGGCGGACAGCGCCAGCGCGUUACCAUCGCCCGUGCGCUGGUCAACCAACCGUCAAUCAUCUGGGCUGACGAGCCAACCGGCGACCUGGACAGCGAGACCACUGGCGAGAUCAUGGAUCUGAUCCUCGAGCUGAACCGCUCCAACCUUCAGAGCUUCAUCCUCGUGACUCACUCCGAGGAGGUGGGGCGAAUGGCGCACCGCAUCGUCCGCAUGAGGGAUGGAGUAAUCGUGGACGACGGAUUCCCGAACAACCCCACCAACUAG